UUUGACUAGCAAAUCCGGCUCUCCCAGUGGCAGACGCGUUUCUUGCAGCUAGAUAUUUCGUUUGCUCCUCUGUUCUCUUCACAUCGGUUUUUGGAUAGGCACAGCCGCACAGGACGGUCUGACGUUGAAGACUCGAAGGAUGCAGAAACGCGUGGUGCUGGUGAGCGCGGCGGUGGCCGCGCUCGGCCUCGCCGCCGCCGUCUUGGGGUUCGUCGCGGAGGCCACAAAGUCCAAGGCUUUCGUGGCCUUCGACGGGCGGCGCUGCGUGUACCGGCGCACGCCGGCGCUCUUCUGCGGCGUCGUCGCGGCGCUGCUCGCGCUGGCGGGGCUGGCCCUCGCCACCGCCGCCAGCGGCUGCUUCGGCCGCAACGCGCCGGCGACCGGCCGCCGGCACGCCACCGUCGUCAGGCUGUCGAUCGUCGCGUGGGUGCUGGUGGCGGUGGCGGCGGCGAUGUUCCUCUACGGCGCGGCGCUGAACAGGGGCGGGACGCGGGGCCUCUCGACAAGCAGGCGGGGCCGCUACGGCCGCGGCUACUACUACUACGGCUGCGUCGUGCUCAAGAGCGGCAUCUUCUCCACGGCGUCCAUCUUGUCCGGCGCCGCUGCGGCGUGCGCGAUCGCGGCCUACGUCUACCUCCAGCGGAUGGACGACUACCCGGCCGUACCGGGCCAGUUCGCCGCGCCGGGCGUGGCGAUGGGGCAGCCGCAGUGGUCGCAGCCGUACCCACCGCCAGCCUACCCCCCGCCUCCGGCCUACCCGCCGCCGCCUAUGGCUUACCCUGCUCCUCCGCCGUACGGCGGCUACGGCGCCAAGCAACCUGCGGGGACAGCUUGACGUCAGUUCCAAGUUUCCAACCCACACCGUGUACGGUGUACCGGUGUACGUGUCAUGAAAUAUAUUACGAAUUUGUAAGUGCAAUUUAUCAAAUGUGGAAUCUAUUGCUCCCUCCAUUUUAUGAGAGUACAAGAUAUAUUUUUAUUUUUCAAUGAAAGGCUUAUUCACAA